AUGGCGGCCAAACCAAGGAAGGCCUCCAAUCUCCUCCUCCUCGGCCCAUCAAUGAGGGACUUCGCUUCCUGCUUCGGCAACCACGCCAUCAAGGUCUCCGACGGCGGCAGCACCGGCUCCAGCAGCGGAAGCAACUCUUCCGUCGUCGCUGACCGCGCCGGCUCCGGCCUCAGCGCCGUCACCUGCUUCUAUCGCGCCAGGCUCUCCGCCCCCAAGGAUGUCCUUCUCCGUGUCACCUGGUCCAAGGCCAACGCCGCCCCCUUACUCUCCCUCGCCGUCGUCGACGACGACGGCCCCCGCUCGGCCCUACCGUGGGAGAUCAAUGCCUUUGAUUCCCAGUCGAUGACCGAGAAGAGAGGCGCCCGCUCUUAUAUCUCCGGUUGCUGCGCCAUCUGCCUCCACUGGGACAUCUCCGCCGCUCGAUACGAGUCGGGCCCCGAGCCGGUCGACGGGUUCUACGUCGUCGUCGUCGUGGAGUCGGAGCUCGCGCUGUUGCUCGGCGAUUUGAGUAGGGAUUUCGUCAACAAGUUGGAGGGCGCACUUCCGCUCGCGCAGUGUUCGACGAUUUGCCGCAGAGAGCAAGUCCUCGGCCACGCGCACCACUCCACCCGGGCGCGCUUCCACGACGCCGGCUCCGACCACGAAAUCACCAUUCGGUGCAAGGGGCACGGGCGGGACGCCAAAGACUCGGAGUUGUCGGUGUCCGUCGACAAGAAGCUGGUGGUGCACGUGCGGAGCCUCCGGUGGAACUUCAGAGGGAACCAGACCAUCUUCAUCGACGGAUCGCCGGUGGACAUGAUGUGGGACGUCCACCACUGGUGGUUCAUGUUCCGGACGAGGAGCACGCUGGAGAGCAGGUUGUGGCUGGAGGAGGAGGCCCUCAACGCGGAGCAGGGAACGUCGGGGUUCUCCCUGGUGAUCCAAGCCUUCAGGAGCCCAUGA